CCCUCCCGGGCUGCGGCUGCUGCAACCGCGGCGGCGGCGGCGGCGGCGGCAGCAGCGGGAGCAGUUUGGAGGCCGGCGUCGAGGAUUUGCUGCUGUCUCUGCUGCUCUAUCCUUCCCACAGAGGCCCUCUCCCCUCUCCUAUCUCAAGAUGGCAGCCAGCAGCUCUCAGAUCCCAGCUGGGGUCCCAGAUGAGCCAGAGACCCUGCAGCCAGGACCAGACAUCACUGGGGCCCCUGUGGACACAGAGCCCAAGGCUGGGCUGGCUCCAGAAACCACAGAGACCCCAACCGUGGCCCCAGAAACAGCUCAGGCCAGAGACCUCAGCUCAAGCCCAGGAGGGGAAUCAAAGGCCAACUCCAGCACCGAAGAAACAUGCCAAGAGCUACCAUCCAAACCAGAAGUGAGCAAAGAGGCCACUGCAAACCAGGGGUCCAACCUGGAAUCCGCAGCCCCACUUGAGCCAGCCUCAGAGCCUGCUCCCCAGCCAGACCCCCAGCUGGACCCCCAGCCAGACCCUCAGCCAGAACCCCAGCCAGCUUCCCAGCCCACCUCCAAGCCAGUCCUUCAGCCAGAGCCCCCUACCCAGGAGGACCCCACCUCUGAGGUCCUGACUGAGAACGUGGGAGAAAAGCAGGAGAAUGGGGUAGUGGUUCCCCUGCAGGCUGGUGAUGGUGAUGGGGAAGAGGGUCCAGCCCCCCAGCCUCACUCACCAUCCUCAACAAAAACCCCCCCAGCCAAUGGGGCUCCACCCCGUGUGUUGCAGCAGCUGGUUGAGGAAGAUAGACUAGGAAGGGCUCACAGUGGGCAUUCAGGAUCUCCCCGAGGUAGCCUGAGCCGCCACCCUAGUUCCCAGCUGGCAGGGUCUGGGGUGGAGGGGGGUGAAGGCACCCAGAAACCUCGGGACUACAUCAUCCUCGCCAUCCUGUCCUGCUUCUGCCCCAUGUGGCCUGUCAACAUCGUGGCCUUCGCUUAUGCCGUCAUGGUGAGCCCCAAGGGACCCUGGCCCAGGCCUGCUGUGGCUCCCAGCUUCCUGCCAGUGCUGGGACAGAGCCCCAGGAGUAACCUUGCCUUCCCUCCCCUCUCUGCAUGGACCUCACUUCCCAAUUACAGGGCCUUUCCUUGCCUCUUCCUAGGAUUUCACCUUCUGAGCCCUACCCCUUCAGGUGGGAGGGAAGUUGAGACAUUUCACACAGCCUUACUGACCUGUGCCCUCCUCCUGCUGCCUCUCCAAUCCCCUUCCUCCCUUAACCACUGCUACCAACUGGCCUGUCUCCUCUGGACGACUCUCACACCUGAUCCCGGCUGGGCUGGUGCCCCCACCCCUCACCCUAACCCCAGUCCCGGAACAGCCUGCAGCAGGGGGACGUGGAUGGGGCCCAGCGUCUGGGUCGCGUGGCCAAGCUCUUAA